UCUGCUGUCUCCACAGGACUCUACGGCAAUGUGCUGGUCCUAGUUGCUGUCUGAGAGGAUGUCUGGGGUGUCUGAGCCCCUCAGCCGAGUGAAGGUGGGCACAUUGCGCCGGCCUGAAGGCCCCCCAGAGCCCAUGGUGGUGGUACCUGUAGAUGUGGAGAAGGAAGACGUCCGGAUCCUCAAGGUCUGCUUCUAUAGCAACAGCUUCAAUCCUGGGAAGAACUUCAAACUGGUCAAAUGCACUGUGCAGACAGAGAUCCAGGAGAUCAUCACCUCCAUCCUGCUGAGUGGGCGGAUUGGGCCCAACAUCCAGCUGGCUGAGUGCUAUGGACUGAGGUUGAAGCACAUGAAGUCAGAUGAGAUCCACUGGCUGCACCCACAGAUGACAGUGGGUGAGGUACAGGACAAGUACGAGUGUCUACAUGUGGAGGCCGAGUGGAGGUAUGAUCUUCAAAUCCGCUAUUUGCCAGAGGACUUCAUGGAGAGCCUGAAAGAAGAUAGGACCACACUGCUAUAUUUUUACCAACAGCUCCGGAAUGACUACAUGCAACGCUAUGCCAGCAAGGUCAGUGAGGGCAUGGCCCUGCAGCUGGGUUGUCUGGAACUCAGACGGUUCUUCAAGGAUAUGCCCCACAAUGCACUUGACAAAAAGUCCAACUUUGAGCUCCUGGAGAAGGAAGUGGGGCUGGACCUGUUUUUCCCAAAGCAGAUGCAGGAGAAUUUAAAGCCUAAACAGUUCCGGAAGAUGAUCCAGCAGACGUUCCAGCAGUAUGCCUCACUGAGGGAGGAGGAGUGCGUCAUGAAGUUCUUCAACACACUCGCAGGCUUUGCUAACAUCGACCAGGAGACCUACCGCUGUGAACUCAUUCAAGGAUGGAACAUUACUGUGGACCUGGUCAUUGGACCUAAAGGCAUCCGCCAGCUGACAAGUCAAGAUGCAAAGCCUACCUGCCUGGCCGAGUUCAAGCAGAUCAGGUCCAUCCGAUGCCUCCCACUGGAGGAGGAACAGGCUCUCCUGCAGCUGGGCAUCGAAGGUGCCCCCCAGUCCUUGUCCAUCAAAACCUCCUCUCUGGCAGAAGCUGAGAACAUGGCUGACCUCAUCGAUGGUUACUGCCGGCUGCAGGGGGAGCACAAAGGCUCUCUCAUCGUUCAUCCCAAGAAAGAUGGUGAGAAGCGGAACAGCCUGCCCCAGAUCCCCAUGCUAAACCUGGAAGAUCGACGAUCCCACUUCUCAGAAAGCUGCAGCAUAGAGUCAGACAUCUAUGCAGAGAUCCCUGAUGAGACCCUGCGAAGGCCUGGAGGUCCACCGUAUGGUGUUGCCCGAGAAAAUGUGAUCCUGGGUCGUAUUCUUGGUGAAGGAUUUUUUGGGGAGGUGUACGAAGGUGUCUACCAGAACCAUAAAGGGGAGCAAAUCAAUGUUGCUGUAAAGACCUGCAAGAAAGACUGCAGUCUGGACAACAAGGAGAAGUUCAUGAGGGAGGCAGUAAUCAUGAAGAAUCUUGACCACCCACACAUUGUGAAGCUGAUUGGCAUCAUUGAGGAGGAGCCCACCUGGAUCAUCAUGGAAUUGUAUCCCUAUGGAGAGCUGGGCCACUACCUGGAGCGAAACAAGAACUCCUUGAAGGUGCUCACCCUUGUCCUGUACUCGCUGCAGAUAGGCAAGGCCAUGGCCUACCUGGAGAGUAUCAGCUGUGUCCACAGGGACAUUGCUGUCCGAAACAUCUUGGUGGCCUCCCCUGAGUGUGUAAAGCUGGGAGACUUUGGCCUUUCCCGGUACAUUGAGGAUGAGGAGUAUUAUAAAGCCUCCGUGACUCGUCUCCCCAUCAAGUGGAUGUCCCCUGAGUCCAUUAACUUCCGCCGCUUCACAACGGCCAGUGAUGUCUGGAUGUUUGCUGUGUGCAUGUGGGAGAUCCUGAGCUUUGGGAAGCAGCCUUUCUUCUGGCUGGAGAACAAGGAUGUCAUCGGGGUGCUGGAGAAAGGGGACCGGCUACCUAAACCUGACCUCUGUCCACCUAUCCUCUACACACUCAUGACCCGCUGCUGGGACUAUGACCCCAGUGACCGGCCCCGCUUUACUGAGCUUGUGUGCAGCCUCAGUGACAUUUACCAGAUGGAGAAGGACAUUGCUAUGGAGCAAGAGAGAAACACUCGCUACCGAGCCCCCAAAAUCUUGGAGCCCCCAGCCUUCCAGGAACCCCCGCCAAAGCCUAGCCGGCCCAAGUACAGGCCCCCUCCACAAACCAACCUUCUGGCUCCCAAACUGCAAUUCCAGGUACCCGAGGGUCUGUGUGCCAGCUCACCUACGCUUACCAGCCCUAUGGAGUAUCCAUCUCCUGUAAACUCGCUGCACACCCCACCUCUCCACCGGCACAAUGUCUUCAAGCGCCACAGCAUGCGGGAGGAAGACUUCAUCAGACCCAGCAGCCGAGAAGAGGCCCAGCAGCUAUGGGAGGCUGAGAGGGUCAAGAUGCGUCAGAUGAUGGAAAAGCAGCAGAAGCAGAUGGUGGAAGAUUACCAGUGGCUGAGGCAGGAGGAGAAAUCCUUGGACCCCAUGGUUUACAUGAAUGACAAGUCCCCAUUGACCCCAGAGAAGGAGGCUGGCUACACGGAGUUCACAGGGCCUCCACAGAAGCCACCACGGCUGGGCGCACAGUCUAUCCAGCCCACAGCUAACCUGGACAGGACUGAUGACCUGGUGUACUUCAAUGUCAUGGAGCUGGUGCGGGCUGUGCUGAACCUUAAGAAUGAGCUCUGUCAGCUGCCUCCUGAGGGCUAUGUGGUUGUGGUGAAGAAUGUGGGGCUCACACUGCGGAAGCUCAUUGGGAGUGUGGAUGAUCUCCUGCCUUCCUUGCCUUCAUCUUCACGAACGGAGAUUGAGGGGACCCAGAAACUGCUGAACAAGGACCUGGCAGAGCUCAUCAACAAGAUGCGGCUGGCCCAGCAGAAUGCUGUGACCUCCCUGAGUGAGGAGUGCAAGAGGCAGAUGCUCACAGCUUCCCACACCUUGGCUGUGGAUGCCAAGAACCUGCUCGAUGCUGUGGACCAAGCCAAGGUUCUGGCCAACCUGGCCCGCCCACCUGUGGAGUGAUGGAGGACGUCACCUUGCCUGUGUCAUCUGCCCCUCCUGGUGUCGUGUACCCCCCCAUCCCCCUGGCCUUUGCCUUGCUUUUGGUCAUGUGGGUCUCCUCAGGGGGAAGGCCUAGGGGAGUCCUUCCCUUGCCACUUUGCACGACCCCCACUCCCCACCCUUUCCCCCACUCGGGCUGCAGCUGGACACAGGGGACCCUGGGCUGUGGAUGCCAGGGGAUGGCAGAGGGUUCAGAGGAAGAGCUGUGGCUGCCCAGCCUCUCCUUCCUCACACCUGCCU